CGUUGUUGUGUCAUUGUUGUUUGAUUUUGAAAGAUCUUUGGAGUUUUACGUUCGUGUUCGUUAUAAUUUAUUUACAAGUAUGUUGAAGAGAGAAGAUGAUAAAGGUAUUGUAUAUUGCAACAGAGUUCGUUUGGGGAACUGGUAUGAAGCAGCUACAUUGGAGGAGUACAAGUUAAACAAAUUCUUGGAACAAAUGAAAAAAGGUGAUCUUAUGCUAGCUAGGUUCCGUAAAAUGACGGAAAAUCUAUGCAAGCCGACUGUUCUCACACAAUCUUCAGGCAGUAUUCCUUUCGGUGCUAAAAUAGCUUUGUAUGCACCACAUGUGCCAGCAAACGAUCCACCUGAAGGCAAGAUGGGACUUAUGUUGGGUGGCAGGAUUUCCUCAAAUGACAUCACGUAUUCGCAAGAACUAGAAGACGGUUGUUCGGUCGUUGGACUCCCAAAUCAAAAAGCGGCAGAACGACAUACUUUCGUCAUCACUAGCGCCGACUACUGCAACAGAGAUGGGGAACCUUUAAAAUAUAAUCAAGAAUUUCUUCUAACAUUAUCAUCGUCCAUCAAUAAACAGCCUUUAUAUAUACGGUAUGAUCCAAACCCUAUCCCGGGGUUGUGUGACAUGUUCCCUCUAUAUCUGAGCAAGCAUUUUGUUUCCAAUACCCGCUGGAGAGUAUUGCCCAUCCAGCGUCCCGAUAUCACGAGGUUCGAGCAGGAGGGAAUGCCUAUUACGGUCAACACAGAUGUCGUAAUAAAUCAUUGUGCGACAAAUCUUAAUUUAGGUAUUAACCUUAGCGGUUGGGCUAUGGGCUUUUAUGGAAAAUUUGCAGCACCUAAUUUGAAGACUUGCCUCGACAUUUACGGACGAGAACUUCCGAAUAAUAUUUGGCAAAUCUACACACCGAUUGCCACACUUUAAUUUGAUGUUUGCAAAAUGAAAUUUUAAACAAACUUUUUAGAAAUUACUCGUGUAUUUUAAAUUGAAAUAAAUUAUGUUGAGAACA